AUGACCCACUUUAACCUCAGAUUUAAUCUGAGCUCAUAAGAAAUUUGAUUAUUCCUGCCUAAGACGUAGCUGGCAACAGUGACCACCUUUCUGCACACCUGAAGUUCAGACUGCAGCAUGCAGCAACCGGGCCGGCUGAGGCUUAGGCCGUGGCUGGAGGAGCAGAUUCAGUCUGGGAAGUAUCCAGGUGUCAGCUGGCUGGACCAGUCAGCACGCAUCUUCCAAAUCCCAUGGAAACAUGCUGCUCGCCAUGGCUGGAGUAUUGACAGGGAUGCUACGCUCUUCAGGAGUUGGGCCAUGCACACUGGGCGGUACCGUCCAGGCAAAGACAAGCCAGAUCCCAAAACAUGGAAAGCAAAUUUCCGCUGUGCCUUGAAUUCACUGUCUGAUGUCUGUGAGCUGCGGGAGCACAGCAGGAAGAGAGGAAGCAAUGCUUACAGAGUCUACAGGAUGCUUCCCACCUCUCAAACACACAGACGCAAGAGAGGUCUGCGAUUGUUCAGCAGACCCAGAGAAAGACAGACCAGUUUAGGGGAAUGCAAACAUGAGGAUCCAUACACCACACACACUUGGCAACUUACAGCAACAAGACCCAUUUCAGACAUGCCACAGAAGGUGGAAACUACCGCACAGAGCAUGUUUAACAGCGCUCAAGCACACGGGAUGUGGGAAACCAAACCAGAGGGCCAGGAACAUACUGAGAGUGUCUUUAAGCUAAUGGACCACUUCAGCAGCACCGAGCUCUGGAACCAGACAGGAGAGCAGCGAGGAUGGAGACCACACACUCUGUGGGACCAGUGGCAAUGUUCUGGUGAUGAAAACCCAUUCCUUCUGCACACCGAAAACUACAGUGAUAUAUCUGGUCCAAACUAUAUCAAGGAACUGACGGACUGGACCACACAUCAGCAAACACUAAUGCCAUAGCUGGAUGCUACAGUUUUUACCAUUCAAAGCUUAUUUUCAUUAAAACUUUCUUGCAAACCUUCUGUUGCUUCUGUUGUCUUUCUGCUGAGCUGACCACUAAACAGCAGAAACGAGAGAAAGCCGAAGGGGGACAGAUGAUAUUGCUCUGUCACUCAUUUAGUUAACCUCUGUGCUGAGCACGCUGGGAUGAAGAUCUUGUUCCAAGCCAAGCUUUACCGUCAUCUUCACUCGUGUUCACUGCGGUGCAGUGCAUCCAUCACUCUAAUGACACCAGGCUCUUAAAGUAAAAAGAUCUCAUUUCACCUUAAUGAAUAUAGGUUAUUGCUUUCCAGUCUUUUGGACUUUCUAUGAAUCUUUAGAUGAUAUAAGAAUGAAAUGAAGUGCCUAAGACAUAAAAAGGAUGUGUGACAGUUUCCCAGUUUGUGAGUCCAGAACCACCCUUGCUAACUAAAAUGAACUAACAGUCAAAAUGUGUGUGAUUUCUUUACCUUUGUUUUGAUAAGUUUUUUUUUUAUGUGACACGACAGUUUUGUAUUUUUUUAGUGUGAAUUUUUUAACCACCUAAUCUGUUUUAUUAGAGCCUUAAAAUAUUGUUUGAUUUACAGUGUAUGUAUUUACAUGUGUUUAUAUAUGAUUAAAUAAAAAAUAAACUCAAAAGAAUUAC